AAUACAAUUUCGUUUACGCACCCUAGUCGUUUAUACUUGUAAGUCGUUGUUUUAGAAGCGCACCACCACCUCUCCUCGACUUGGUCGACAAAUCUGAAGCGAAAUCCACCAGCUCAUCAUAUCAAAAUGGCAAAAACGAUAACCUGCCUACUACUGGUAGCUCUCUUCUUGAUUUCAUCAACGUCAGCUAGCUCUGAUGUUCCUUUCAUUGUCGCUCACAAAAAGGCCACUCUCAAUCGCCUCAAAUCUGGUGCGGAACGCGUCUCUGUCUCCAUUGAUAUCUAUAACCAAGGAUCUUCGACUGCAUAUGAUGUAAGUCUUCUUGAUGAUCACUGGCCUCAAGAUAUAUUUGAUGUCAUCAGUGGCAACACUUCACAGUCAUGGGAAAGACUUGAUGUCGGUGGUAUCCUGUCGCACACUUUUGAAUUGGAGGGCAAAGUGAAAGGCCUGUUUUAUGGUUCUCCAGCAGUCGUUACUUUCCGCAUCCCAACCAAGGCAGCUCUACAGGAGGCAUUCUCAACUCCCAUACUACCUCUAGAUGUCCUUGCUGAGAGACCUCCAGAAAAGAAGUUUGAAUGGGCUAAGAGGCUGUUGGCAAAAUAUGGAUCUCUAAUUUCUGUCAUAUCCAUUGUGGUUUUGUUCGUUUACUUGGUUGCAUCCCCCUCCAAGUCCAGUGCUGCAAAAGGAAGCAAGAAAAGGCGUUAGCUUAACGCAGUUGCUAGUUAAAUGUUCCUUUUUUUUCCGCUCGAAGUCGCAACAGUUUUUUUUACUUUACAUGGUAGUUGAAAGAGCAAGUGCAAUACCGAAUCAACGGAUUCCUAUUGCUUACGGUAAAGACUAAAUUUUUGUCAUAUUUGGCUUUGUACAUUUUUAGAUUACCGACUGCUUUUGUCCAUUUCUUUUGGUUUCAGUAUUAGUCUCUGGCCUUGGACAUCGUCGUCAAGUUUCAUUUUGGAUUAUGUAUGGCCUGAUCUUCUACUGUUAAGAACAGGGAAAAUCAUUUUUCACGCUGCUGAAAGAAAGAAAAAAUGCUUGAUUUAUAAGUUAA